UCUGCACUGUGGCAUACACGAAGAUUGUCAUCCACGGCGUCUCCCUCACCAUCAGCAGGGACGACCCCUUCAAGAUCCUGGGGAGUUUUGCUGGAUAGGGACAGAUGUAUAGAGGGGGGUUAGUAUAUUUACAGGCACUAGAAUUAUGUUAUUUAACACUGGUAGUUUAUUCUACCACUCAUGAUGCUGUUACAGCUAUUUUAAUUAAGCGGUCUAGUCCUGAAUCCUUGCGGAUUUAAUGAAAUUAACAUUUAACUGGGAAUUACAAUGGACAAAAUAUUAAAUCUAUAGGCUUCCAUAUAAUUGUCCUUCCUCUUUCGUCCCAGUUGGAUGGACAGCUUGCGUCCCUGCCCCUGGAGCUGACGAGUCAGCUGAUGGUGUUCCGCAGUGGCCGAAGGGCGGUGGUGGAGACUGCUGCGGGCAUCACGCUGACCUUUGACUGGCACAGCACGGUGCACGUCAAACUCCCCAGCACCUACCAGGGGGCAGUCUUCGGCCUGUGUGGCAACUACAACGCCAUGCCUCAGGUCAACCUCACUAUGCGUGACGGUCAUCCCACGCCCAACGCCACCUGGCUGGGUGCGAGCUGGCGGGUGGCCCUUGUGCCUGGUUGCAGGGGACACAAUGCCAGUCCUGCUCGGACGCAGAGAAGAACACGUACAGCUCCUGCUGUGGCAUCAUAGCAGACAAGGCCGGCCCCUUCAAAGAGUGCCAUGGCGCCGUGGACCCUGCUCCGUACCUGAAGGACUGUUGUCGAUGCCUGUUAUAAUCAUGGUUACCAGGGGUCGGUGUGUGAUUUGUGGUAGAGGCCUACGUCUCUGCCUGUCAGAGCAAGGGGGUGACAGUCCAUUCCUGGAGGAGUGACGGCUUCUGUCGUGAGUCGGCGUUACCUUACAUCAUAUAUGCCAUUUAGCAUACAUUUUUAUCCAAAGC